AUGUUGUUCUACCUUACAUUUUGUCUGAUAUGCGUAUACGAUGUCAGGGGAACUUGCUCGAGGGACGAGACAGUGGAGGCAGCUAAAGUAGCGGAGCAAGUAGACGACAAACCCAUUAACACUGACACCUGGACUGAGGGGGAAACAGCUACCAUCAGAUGCAAGGACUAUGCCAAGUCGUGGACCUGGACCAACUCAAUACGAGCCCUACCAGGAGUAGAGACAAGCAAGAUAGAUGAGUACGACUCCGUCACCAACAAACAACUCGGUUACAUAGUGGUGAAGUGCGAGGGGAACUCUUUCAAACCGGACAUUUUUACUGGACAAACCUCCUGGUGUGCUCUGGGUUGCGCCCCAAUACCCGAGGACACGACACACUACUGGAAAGCUACCUACCCAGACGACACAGUGACCACUGUGAGAUCUGCAGCUCCUGUUAAUGUUAACCCUGCUACCUAUGUCACUGUCAGCUGCAGGGACGGUUAUGCGAGGAAGAAUAACGACAAUGGUGCUAAAGUGUCCAAGUGUGAUGUGGCCGGGUGGAUAGAACCUCUCAGCAGUUUCCCUAAAUGUGUCCCGGGAUGCCCGGACCUGACGAUGACAGUAAACAACAGAGUAGCUCUGAACACAAAACGUAGUGACACACAGGCUCCUUUUAUAACAGGAGAUACGAUAGAGUUCAAGUGCCAGGAUUCCCACAAGAUGGUGGGAGACAGCACCAUAACUUGCUCCUCUCUAAACAGCUGGGACAGAUCGGCUCCUCUCUGUGUCAACACUGCACUUAGGACCACACCACUGGUAGUGGUAGUGGUGGUGUCACUUCUGGGGUCCUUAUAUGUGGCUCUUUGUUGAGGGAUAGUUGUUGUAUUUGUAGGAGUGGGUUUAAUUUAGGGAUGUUGUUUGUUAUUUUGUAAAAGGCAGGAAUUGGUAUUUAUCAGAUUUUAUCAAAGCUUUUCAUUAGUGCUUCCCAGUUCCUAGCCACAAUUUAUAUGAUAAGAAUGGAUUACGUAAAUUAUAAUUGGAUGAAUCCUUUUACUAUAUUAAAAGCUUAUUAAAGAUUAAAAGAUUAAAUUAAAGCAAAUCAGUAUCACGACUCACGAGCGAAAUUUCAUAAAACUGUCUGAGCAAAUCAUUCAAUUUUUUGAGAUGAUGAUUUUAGUUUUUGCAUGAAGUUAGCCACAUUUCAAUAAAAGUGUUAAUAUCUUGGGAAUACUUGAGGUACACACUGUUCAUGAAGUCUUCUAAACCUUGCCUCCGUUGGGAGAUGAAAUCUUCUUUGAACUUUCCUAUGGGUAGGACAUUAUAACUAAUAAUGCAAUGGAACUAUACUACCGUUUUCUGACAAAAUGCUUAAAAUCCACUUAAAAUCCACUUAAAAUCCACUUAAAAUCCACUUAAAAUCCACUUAAAAUUCAUUUAAAAAUCCGAGGUUUUCAAGCACUUUUGGCACAUUUAUGACCAAUUUUGGCAUUUUAAGCUGUUUCAAAAGGGGGUUUAUGGGGGCCAGCGUUCUAAAUAUGGUUUCUAGUGGUUUUCAGGGAUAGUUCUUGACCCAAAAAAAUCAGGUUAAAGAAUUCAAUAUUUAAAAAUGGUAUUUAAGCACAUUUGUCAGAAAACGUUAUGCAUAUGUUAUAUCGAAGAUCAUAUCUAAUCAAAUUAUUUAUCUAUGAUUAAUUUUACAAUUUUUAUCCAACAAAAUAUAAAAGCAAUAUUAUUGAAUCCAACCUUUGCAGUGAAAAUGUACGACAAAUUGAAAGUGAAACACUAACCAAUAACUUUCUUCUGUGGGAAGUCAGGUAGAGCGCUGGGGGGAAAAGAGAAUGAUUUUACUAAGGAUUCCCGGAGUGAGACGAAAUCUGAAUACCGUUUCUCGUUCGAUAUUACUUUACCCUGAAUAAAUUGUUAGUUUAAAAAGAAUAUAUACUCAAGAUCAGGAAUGGAACUUUAAUCCCUUAAUAAGUCUUUAUAAGGAGUUUUUAAGGUACGGCCACAGCGUUAAAACGAGUAGUGAAAGUGAAAGUGAAAGUGAAAGUGAAAGUACUUACUCCGACAGUGUGAAGAGUACAGUGGUAGAGCGAGUAGUCACCGAAGAACCCAGAUACGUUCCGAGAGUGGGUAACUUGGACAAACUUCUGUAACAAAAACAGAUAUGAGCACAUAAUUUGUGGAGGCAAUUUAAAGGUAUAUUAUCUGUUAGGUUUUAUCAUUCUCUGUUGAUAUGUGAUGAGGUUAGCUGAGUUUGAUUGCUGUAUUACCAUUUCAAU